AGGUAGACUUUCAGCCCUGUGGAGUCUAUGGAUACAGGAAAGGAACUCACACCUACAUUAGUUCGGUUUUCUUUUUUUAACCGGUUUUUCUUGGUUAUUCUUGUCGUUUGGUGAUAAAAUGCAGAGUUUGUUCCACGCAGUGUAGAUAGAAAAGUUGAGGAAAAAGGGAAAGCCACAGGCUUUUGGACUCUAAGUGUAAUAAAUGGGAAGAGGCACCUGCUGCGAAGAGUGGAGUGGCAGCGGGAGACUCCAACAUUAACGCCGUCCUGAAUAUCUCUCUCUCUCUCUCUCUCUCUCUCUCUCUCUUUCUCUCUCUCUUUCUACCUACCUGCGGGUUCAAAAGUACCAGCUCGGGACUUUUAGGACAACCAGGACGUGUGGGAGUGUGUAAGACAGGGAAUAGUGACGGGACAUGUCUUACAUGGAUUAUACACUUUAAUGGAAACAUUACCAUUUUCAACGCGGAAGGAUAAAUAAAUAAAGAAAGAAAUAAACAAACCUCACUGUGCUAAUGUUGUAACAGAAACGGAAACAUGUCAGUGAACGAACUCUACACCAGGUACACUCGGGUUUGGAUCCCCGACCCAGAGGAGGUGUGGAAGCCUGCUGAGAUUAUUAAAGACUACAAAGAGGGAGAGUCGGUCCUGCACCUCAAACUCGAAGAUGAAUCGACACUGCCAUAUCCAGUCGGUCCUAAAGACAACCCGCUACCAUUCCUUCGAAACCCUGACAUUCUGGUGGGAGAGAACGACCUCACGGCCCUCAGCUACCUGCACGAACCUGCAGUGCUGCACAACCUCAAGGUUCGCUUCCUGGAGUCCAACCACAUCUACACCUACUGUGGUAUUGUACUGGUGGCCAUUAAUCCAUACGAGCAGCUGCCGAUUUAUGGCGAGGAGGUCAUCAAUGCCUACAGCGGGCAAAACAUGGGUGACAUGGACCCUCAUAUAUUCGCCGUGGCAGAGGAGGCUUAUAAACAGAUGGCCAGAGAUGAGAAGAACCAGUCGAUUAUUGUGAGCGGUGAAUCAGGAGCUGGGAAGACGGUCUCUGCCAAAUACGCCAUGCGCUACUUCGCCACUGUGGGAGGAUCCGCCAAUGACACGAACGUGGAGGAGAAAGUGCUGGCAUCCAGCCCCAUCAUGGAGGCUAUCGGAAAUGCAAAGACGACACGUAACGACAACAGCAGUCGCUUCGGGAAAUACAUCCAGAUCGGCUUUGACAGGAGGUAUCACAUCAUCGGCGCCAACAUGCGCACGUAUUUGCUGGAGAAAUCCAGAGUGGUGUUUCAGGCUGAGGAUGAGAGGAACUACCACAUCUUCUACCAGCUGUGUGCUGCUGCCUCACUCCCUGAGUUCAAAGACCUGGCCCUGACCAGUGCAGAAGAAUUCACUUACACCUCUCUGGGUCAGAACAUCUUCAUUCCGGGGGUUAAUGAUGCUGUGGAUUUACAGAAGACACGGGAAGCCCUGACCAUGCUGGGUGUGAAGGAGAACCAUCAAAUGAGCAUCUUCAAGAUAAUUGCCUCCAUCUUGCACCUUGGGAACGUGGAGAUUGUUUCUGAGAGAGAUGGAGAGUCAUGCCAUAUCGCUAGAAACGACCCUCACCUUCUUCAUUUCUGUGAGCUGCUGGGGGUCGAGCUGGACCAGAUGGAAAACUGGCUGUGCCGUAGAAAGUUAGCCACGGCAACCGAGACCUACGUGAAGAACAUGUCCCGCGCCCAGGCUGCUAACGCCCGCGACGCUCUGGCCAAACACAUAUACGCCCGUCUGUUCGACUGGAUCGUGGAGCACAUCAACAAAGCCCUGCAUACCUCCUCCAAACAGCACUCCUUCAUCGGAGUGUUGGAUAUCUAUGGAUUUGAAACGUUUGAGAUUAACAGCUUCGAGCAAUUCUGCAUCAACUACGCCAACGAGAAACUUCAGCAACAAUUCAACUCUCAUGUUUUUAAACUGGAGCAAGAGGAGUACAUGAAGGAGCAAAUCCCAUGGACACUCAUCGACUUUUACGACAACCAGCCUUGCAUUGACCUAAUCGAGGCCAAGCUCGGUAUCCUGGACCUGCUGGAUGAAGAGUGCAAGGUACCUAAAGGAACAGAUCAGAACUGGGCGCAGAAGCUCUACAGCCGCCACACAGGCAGCGAGCACUUUGAGAAGCCGAGAAUGUCCAACACGUCGUUCAUUGUGGUCCACUUUGCCGAUAAGGUUGAGUAUCAGUGUGAUGGCUUCCUGGAAAAGAACAGGGACACUGUGUAUGAAGAACAGAUCAACAUCCUGAAGGCCAGCAAGUUCCAGCUGGUGGCAGAUCUCUUCCAGGAAGAAAAAGGAGCUCCUAGUUCAGCAAGCAAAACCUCUAAGAUCAACGUACGUCCUGCUAAACCCAUGCCCAAAAGCCACAACCGCGAUCACCGCAAAUCUGUAGGCACUCAGUUUCGGAGUUCCUUACAUCUUCUGAUGGACACUCUGAAUGCUACAACUCCGCACUAUGUACGCUGCAUAAAACCCAACGACCUCAAAGAAUCCUUUGUGUUUGAUUCCAGAAGAGCCGUCCAGCAGCUACGAGCAUGUGGUGUUCUGGAGACCAUUCGCAUCAGCGCUGCAGGAUAUCCAUCCAGGUGGACGUACCCAGAUUUCUUUAACAGAUAUCGGGUGCUGAUGAAGAAGAAAGACGCGACUGCUGAUAAGAAGCAGGUGUGCAGAAACCUGCUGGAGACUUUGAUCAAGGAUCCAGAUAAGUUCCAGUUCGGAAAGACUAAGAUCUUCUUCCGAGCCGGUCAGGUGGCGUACCUCGAGAAGCUCCGAGCCGACAAGUUCCGCUUCGCCUGCAUUAAGAUGCAGAAGACAGUGCGAGGAUGGCUGCAGAGGAGACGCUACCAGAAGAUCCGCAAGUCGGUCAUCUUGCUGCAGAGAUACGGCCGCGGCUUCCUGGCGCGCAGGUAUGCAGAACAGUUGCGUCUCACUCGAGCAGCUCUUAUCUGUCAGAAGCAGUACAGGAUGGUGAGGGUCCGGCGCGCGUAUCUGACCAUUCGCAAGGCUACAAUCACCAUCCAGGCCUUCACACGGGGCAUGUUCACACGCCGCCUGUACCACGAGUACCUGCUGCACCACAAGGCCAGUGUCAUCCAGAGAACCGUGCGUGGAUGGCUGCAGAGGAGGAAGUUCUGCCGUGCCCGAAACGCAGCGGUGGUGCUGCAGUGUGCUUACAGACGUGUUCUCGCCAGGCGACAGCUGAAGCAGCUGAAGAUCGAGGCUCGCUCAGCAGAACACUUCAAGAAGCUCAACGUCGGCAUGGAGAAUAAGAUCGUCCAGCUUCGGAGAAAGAUGGACGAUCAGAAACACGAGUAUAAGUUGCAGAGUGAGAAGCUGUCCGAAACUAACACCGCGUUGGUAUCGGAGGUCAGCAAACUGCAGAAGCAGCUGGACACGGUGCGCAGUCAUAAAGGUGAGAACACGCAGCUGAGCUCACUGCAGGACGAGUUGGAGAAACUGAGGGCGGAGCUACAGGACGCACACGCCCAGAGGAAGAAGCUCGAGGAGGAGCACAGCACUGAGAAGCUGGGACUGGAACAGAGAGUCCGCGAGCUGGAGAAAGAAAACUCUCUGCUGAAAGAGGAGAAAGAACAGAUGAACCAGAAGAUCCUUCGCCAAUCGCAGAGCUCCGGAGGUAAGGAUGGCACUUUGUCUCAGAAAGAGGCUGGUCUACAGGCUGAGCUGGAUGAAGAGAGACUGCGCUAUCAGAACCUGCUGAAGGAGUUUUCCAGACUGGAGCAGAGAUAUGAAAACCUUCAGGAGGAGGCCACUUAUGCCAAAUUCGUUCCAGGCCAUCGGAGGAACCCAUCCAACCAAAGCAGCUUGGGCUCUGACUCCACCUUCCCCUCCAUCUCUAUGUCUGAAGUAGGAGACACUGAGGAUACCAUUCAGCAGGUGGAGGACAUGGGACUGGAGAAGGCAGCCAGCGACAUCAGUGUAUUCAUGAAGCUGCAGAAAAGAGUGAGAGAGCUGGAGCAGGAGAGGAAGAGACUCCAGACCAACCUGGAGAAGAUGGAGGAGCUCAGCAAGCACAAAGCGAUUGAACCAAAGAGCUCGACGUCAGAGGCAGACACAAAUGCAGAUCUGGCAUACAACAGUCUCAAGAGGCAGGAGCUGGAGUCUGAGAACAAGAAGCUGAAGAACGACUUGAAUGAACUCAGGAAGUCCCUGGCGGAGCGAGCCUCUGACGACUGCUCGUCCAAUGAACUGCAAGACAGCUACAAUGUUCUGCUCAAUCAGCUCAAGGCAGCCAAUGAGGAGCUGGACAUACGCAAAGAGGAGGUUCUUAUGCUAAAAACACAGAUCGUCAGCACCGCCAAGCCGUCCGAAAACACCAAUCACAUUAACUCCAACGACAUCUCCGAAUGGGACAACAACAAAAAGCCUGUGGACAAGGAGGAGGUUUUACAGGCCUACCAGGGUCUCAGUGAGUCCAAGAGGCUGCUGGAGGCACAGCUUCAAUCCCAGAGCCGGAAGCACCAGGAUGAGCUGGAGGCUCUGCACACACAAAUCGAGGUGAUGAAGGAGGAUCUGGAGAAGAAGCAGGAGAUGCUGAAUCACUUCAGCUCGCUGCCCCCCGAUGCCCUGGUGGAGUUCAGCAUCCAGCAGGAGAUCACACGCCUCACCAACGAGAACCUGGACCUCAAGGAGAUCAUGGAAAAGCUGGAGAAAAAUGAGAGGAAACUUAAAAAGCAGCUCAAGAUCUACAUCAAGAAAGUUCAGGAACUUGAAGCAUCUCAAGCAGCGGCGAAUCGGCCCAGGCUGGUCAGACAGGUCACACUUCAGAGGAAAGAGAAGGACUUUGAGGGCAUGCUGGAGUACUACAAAGAGGACGAGGCCCUGCUGAUUAGGAUGCUUAUCAGUGACAUGAAGCCCCAGAUCGUUUCUGCUACAGUCCCUUGCCUCCCAGCGUACAUCCUCUUCAUGUGCAUCCGUCACGCAGACUACAUCAACGAUGACCAGAAAGUGCACUCUCUGCUCACCUCCACCAUUAACGCUAUCAAGAAACUUCUCAAGAAAAACAGUGACGACUUCGAGAUGACGUCUUUCUGGCUGGCUAACACGAGCCGACUCCUGCACUGCCUGAAACAAUACAGCGGCGAGGAGGCAUUCAUGACCCAGAACACAUCUAAACAGAACGAGCACUGCCUGAAGAACUUUGACCUGGCUGAGUACCGGCAGGUUCUGAGUGACCUGAGCAUCCAGAUCUACCAGCAGCUCAUUAGAAUAGCUGAGAGCAUGCUGCAGCCCAUGAUCGUGUCGGCUAUGCUAGAGAGCGGCAGUCUGACUGGAGUGAAGCCCCUGGGCUACAGGAACCGCUCCUCCAGUAUGGACUGUGACAGUGGAGGCCCUUCAGGCUACACGCUGGAGGCUCUGAUCAGGCAGCUCAGUCAAUUCCACACACUCAUGAGCGACCACGGGCUGGACCCCGAAAUCACCCGGCAGGUUGUGCGCCAGCUCUUCUAUUGUAUCAACGCCGUCUCACUCAACAACCUGCUGCUGCGCAAAGACAUGUGCUCCUGGAGCACCGGCAUGCAGCUCAGGUACAACAUCAGUCAGAUGGAAGAGUGGUUGAGGGGACGAAAUCUUCACCAGAGGGAAAUUAUGUUAACCAUCGAGCCCCUCAUCCAGGCUGCUCAGCUGCUACAGGUGAAGAAGAAGACAUCUCAGGAUGCCGAGGCCAUCUGCUCCAUGUGUAAUAUUCUUAGCACACAACAGAUUGUGAAGAUCCUGAAUCUGUACACUCCGCUGAACGAGUUUGAGGAGAGGGUCACCGUGUCCUUCAUCAGAGACAUACAGAAUCUUCUACAAGGCCGUGUAGAGAACAACCAGCUCCUGGUGGACACCAAGCACACGUUCCCCGUGCUCUUCCCUUACACUCCUUCAGCUUUGAGCCUGGAGGCCCUGCACAUCCCUGCCUCUCUCAACCUGGACUUCCUCAUCAGAGUCUGACGUCUCUCUGUUUCUUCUGUUGAUCUCUCUCUGAGCUCCACUGUGUCAGCCUGAGAGCAGAGAGGAGCGCAAACCCCAUGCAGCACAGACUCAGCAACCAGCAAACAAACACCUAAUCAACACAAAGCUAGUGAGAGUCUUUCUGAUAGAAGAAUUACAGUGUUGAGGUGCUUUCUGUGUGUGUUCAGAGAAGAUGUAGAAAUCCCGCUACCUUCCUGUGAGCCAGCUUAUUUUCCUCUGGUUAUGGUAUGGGGUCAAACAGGCAGAUAUUCUGGUUAUAAUGUGUGUAAGAGCUGAACUCUGGAGAUCAUAAGAUAUUAAGUAAGCUUCAGUGCAGAUUUAUUUCCUUACAGUUAAAAAGUUUGGUCUAGUUUUCCCCACUUUCACUCCUCAGUCCAGGUUCUAAAUAUGGUUACAAAGUCUUCACUUUUUGAAACUACUGGAUUGCAUUGCGCUGCAUCACUGUCCAAAUGAAUGCCGUGUUUGCAGUGAAUCAGCCAGAGUCUAUGACACUUCUUCUAAUACACACUGGACGAGAGUGAAGUAAGCCUGAGAACAGCAGUUGUAUGGUGGUGCAGAGAAGAGGUCUAGGAGACAGGACGUACCAGAUACAAAAAUUACACGUAUGAUGAGAGGUAAAUGGGAAACUUGUAUGUGUUGAAAGGUCUUUGCAAGUGAAAUGCAGGAAUUAAGAGACACUACUCAGAAUACCGUAAACAAGCAGGUCUAGCUAUAGCAUAGGCCUUUGCAUGCUGUCUUUCUUUACAAUUUUUUUUUUUAGAUUUUUUUUAAUCUCGUCAUAUCGACCGUUGAGUUUGGGGAAAGUUUUUGCACUUCCGGUACACACAUGCCGCUAUAUUGUGUGACACUGAAACUUCAAAUUAUCUUCAUUACCACUGAGGUAGACAGCAUCUUUUGGACAUAAAUGUCUGCUGGGGUUAAAGUCUGCAGAACGUGUGUGUUCUAAGGCUCCACAUUUUCAGGGGUAGACAAAACAUGAAUUCAUUAGCUAGCCCACAAUACAAGUAAAAUCUCUAGUGUGUUGCCCAGUCCUGUGUUUCAGUUGCCCAGAAACUGAAUUCACAAAGCAAAAAAGUGGUAACUACGAUAAUAUUAUGACAUAUGAGUUAGUUACAGUAUCAAGAUAUGACACAUCAACGUGAAGUGCAUUAAGUUUAAAGUCAAUAGGAAAGUCAGGGUUAUUUUCUCCAAAUCCCAGGCUGCUGAUUUGUCUACCCCCGAUUUUGGAUGAAUUUAUAGUAAGAUUGCAUGUGUCCCUCUCAGAAAAGGUGAUACUGUCCACCAGACAAGAGUGAAGUGAGAUAUAAUUGUAUAAGAAAUGUAGUAAAAUACAUGUUCAUCUUCAGGUAAAAUACAAUAUAGUGAUAAUAUUGUAAACCAUGAAAAACCCUUAUUAUAUAAUGAUUAUUUAAUAUUGGCACAUGCUGAAAUCCCAUCCAAUAUAGCUGCAACUCUUUUACUGUAUAUUUUGCAAAAUAUCUGAGGUUUUUUUUUCCUUCUUACAUAUAUCUGUGCCAUAACAACAGGAAGGGUGUAAAUAGAACAAAUCUGUCCAGGUCUUGGUUUAUUCUGUCUGUCUCUCAUCUUUAAACAGCAUGAGCAGGGGCAACGGUCUCAGUAAUGCCACUUUAUACCCUUUUUAAAGGCAAUAAAAAAUAGACCAUUGUGGAUUUCAGUGUUGUUCUCAUAUACUAUACAGGUGUAAAUAUAUAUAAUGGAUAUAUUUACAUUGUCAAUGUUUUUUUUUUUUUUUUUUUUCCAAUUCCCAGGUGAUCUUGAAUCAAUUUUACAGCAGUCUUCGGUCCUGUGUGCUUAUUACUUUAUACAAUUUUAAUUUGAAGGUUUUGGGAAGGUUCAGUUCACAGCACUGUGAUUAAUAAUAUCAGUUAAACCCGCAUAAAUGUCUACAUGUAUUUAAUUACAAAUCUCAUCAAGUGCCACAGGAAUUUUUCUGUAUGUUAGUCAUCAGGAUGUUUUAGCCAUGUUUAGCUGCUGGGUGGCAGCAACGCUUUCAUACCGGCUGUCCCCAAGUCCAUCUUUUGCUGAGGAUGUGCAUCAUUGUGAUCUGUAGGUUUGUACUCUGUAUGACUAACACUGUCCACAGAAAAACCUUCCAUCUGAUUGUGUAUCUCAUUACAUACUCUGAGAAAACUGUGUGUAUAUAUUUUAAGGAAUAUAUUUUCUCGGGUGUUAUUUUUCCAGACCUCUGACCACUUGUCAUGAAAUGUAAUAAUGUAAUAGUGAUGUGUGCAGUCUGAACAAAUGCUGUAUGAAUCUGUUCAUACUAAAGUCUCCUGAAAAAGAGAAAUCCGUGUCUGAUUAAUAUUAAUGCGUGAUCUCUGGAACCAUUUCGUCCAUAAAGGAUCAGAUCAGUUUUGUAAAACAUAUUGGGCAGAAAAAUAAACUCUGUACUAAACUAGCUAGCUAACUUAGAUAUUGUCACAGUAGUGACUGCAACAGUCGUUAUUGUUAGUGUAGCAGUAUUUUAAAGGGUUUGGCUGCUGUUAUUCAUAAUUCAUGAUGAUGCAAAUUUUUAUAUUGAAACUUAGCUAGCCAGUUAGUUAUGUGGGAUGGCAUAUUCAUGUAAAUUUAUAGAUCCUGCCAUUUUAAUGAGGGCAAAGUCAGAAGAUGUUGAUUAAUUUUCUAUACUUGCAGCUCUGGUAAAGUGCAGCUACAAAUUAGAGGUUUAUUUCACUGGACUCGUUCUAAUAUGUUGCCGUUUAACAUAUUAUGCAUAUUUUUGUUUUCUUAACUUAUAGAAGGAGGAAAAAACACUGGUCAGGGAAUAACUUUAUAGAUACUAUAUUGUAAGUGUUAUAGGUGAUAAGUGAUAUAUAAGGCAAUGUUAAAUGUAACUAUAAAUGGAUAAAAAGCAUGAUGUGUCCAUCAUUAAUAAAUUAUAAACUUGUAAUUAAGGGAGAACUGCUGUGGUAUAAAAGAAAUUUUAAAAAACAACAGGGAUGUUUUUCUAGGAAAAUAAUCAGGUUUGGGUGGUAACGGCAUCACACUGUUCCAUCAUUAUUUUCUCAUAACAUCAAGUUUGAUUCCUUUCACAAGAAUAUGUACAUAUAUAGUCAUACAUGCAUAUACAUAUAGAGCCAGGUAAUAGUCAGGUAAAUAAAUAUUUGGACAAUGACAAAGUUCCUGUUAUUAUAGUUGUCUAACAACCUCCAUCCCACAACCCUGUUGCUCCUAAAAAAUCCUUAGGUUUUUUUUUUAAUUUAAGGACUUAAAUAUGUUGCUUU